AGCAACACAGAGACCAAGCUUCUCGAGUGGGAUGAUCAAGCGAGCAUGGCGUCGCCGUCUUCUCGUCAUCCCGGCUCCGCGCCUUCGGAAACCCCCAUCAAGAGCAGCAUCUUUCCUCUCUCUCCACGAUUUCUCCAACGAGGACCUCAUCCAGCACCUAUGGAACACCAUGAGAGCCCCUGGAAAUCUUCAUUCAGUGUUCCAGUCCCGGAAAAUCCAUGCUCGUCUCUUUGUAUUGGGUUUGGAAUCCAACCGCUUUCUCCAGAACAACCUUCUCAAUAUGUACUUCAAUGCUGGAUCCAUGGAAGAAGCUUCCUGUGUGUUCGCACGGAUUCAAACUCCAAAUGUGAUAUCUUGGAAUAUGAUGAUCACUGGGUUGUCGAAACUCGGACGUAUUCGUGAAGCACGAGAAGUGUUCGAUGAAAUGCCUCAGAGAGACUCUACCUCUUGGAACACGCUCAUCUCGGGUUACUUCUGGAGCGGGAAGUAUAGAGAAAGUAUUGACGUCUUUGUUGCUAUGCUUAGAGAUCUUAAUAGUGAGCCAAAUUCGUUUACUUUGGCGUCUGUGAUGAAGGCUUGUGGCGUUCUUCAGUGCAGAGAAUUGGGACUUCAGUUGCAUUCUUUUGUUCAAAAAUUUGAUUUUGGUAAAGAGCAGCAAAUUGAGGCGUCUCUUCUUGACAUGUAUAUUAAAUGCGGGGCAACGGAUGAAGCUGAUCGAGUGUUUGAGCGGUUGGCAAACCCAAAUGUUUUCUGUUGGAAUAGCAUGAUCUUGGGUUGCUCAAAAUCCUAUGGUGUAGUUCGUGCUCUUGAGUUAUUCAAUGAAAUGCCCGAACGAGAUGUUGUCUCAUGGAACACUAUGAUAUCGGUGUUGGCAAAACAUGGGCGUCCAAAAGAAACACUUUUGAUGAUUAUUGAGAUGCAAGCCAAAGGUUGUCCCCCUGAUUCUACAACUUAUGCUAGUGUACUUAGUGCAUGCACAAGUAUUCCUGAUGUGGGAUGGGGAAGGCAUCUGCAUGCUCGGAUUAUUAGGACUCAACUGAGCACUGAUGUCUUUGUUGGCAGUGCUUUGGUGGAUAUGUAUGCAAAAUUUGGCCACCUGGAAACUGCAAAGAGAGUAUUUGAAUCCUUAACUGACUGUAAUGCUGCUUCUUGGACCGCUCUUAUUGGAGGCUAUGCUCAAUCAGGAUAUGUGGAGGAAACCUUUAGGUUAUUUAAUAAAAUGAGGAAAAUGCAUGUGCCUUUAGAUCAGUUCAGUAUUGUAACUGCCCUUGCUGCUUGUUGUUCUAAGAAAGAUAUGUAUCUUGGAAUGCAAAUACAUUCUCUUUCCAUCAGGAUUGGAUAUGGUUGGUCCAUUCCUGUGUCCAAUGCUCUUCUUAGCAUGUAUGCAAAGUGUGGAAGUGUUAAUUGUGCUGAGUCUGUCUUUCAGUUGAUGCCCAUUAAAGACAUAAUAUCAUGGACCAGCAUGGUUACUGCAUAUGCUCACAUGGGUGAUGUUAGCAAGGCGCGUGAAUUUUUUGAUUCGAUGGUUACAAGGAAUGUGGUCACUUGGAAUGCAAUGCUUGCUGCAUAUAUACAGCAUGAUCACUUUGAGAAAGGCCUAAAAUUGUACAUUGUGAUGUUAAGAGAAAGCACUGUAAGACCUGACUGGGUGACAUUUGCAACACUGCUCAGUGCUUGUGCAAAUUCUGCAAUUUGGAGGCUCGGGAACCAAGUCAUUGCUCAUACCAUAAAGGUAGGGUUGAAUUCUGACAUUUCAGUGGCAAAUGGGAUCAUCACAAUGCACUCAAAAUGUGGAAGGAUCUCUGAAGCAAGACAUGUCUUUGAUGCAAUUCUCGACAAAGAUUUGGUUUCUUGGAAUGCCAUGAUUACUGCAUACGCUCAGAAUGGUCUUGGAAAGGAAGCAAUUGCAAUCUUUGAGAGUAUGUUGUAUAAUGCCAUUCAUCCUGAUUUUAUAAGCUAUGUUGCUGUUCUGUCAGGUUGUAGUCAUGCAGGUCUGGUGGCAGAAGGCAAACACUAUUUUGAUUCCAUGACCAGAAUCCACAAGAUAUCUCCAGGAUUGGAGCAUUAUGCUUGCAUGGUUGAUCUUCUUGCGCGUGCAGGUUAUUUAGAACAGGCCAAGGAGAUGAUAGACAACAUGCCUAUUAAACCCAGUGCCGAGGUUUGGGGGGCUUUACUUGGAGCUUGCAAAAUUCAUGGCAAUACAACACUAGCAGAAAUUUCUAUCAAGCAUCUAUUGGAGUUGGAUUUGAAAGAUUCUGGAAGCUAUGUACAGCUAGCAAAAUUAUACUCAGAUUCAGGUAAGUUAGAGGAUACUGCAGAAGUGAGGAGAUUCAUGAAAGAAAGAAGGAUAAGAAAAAACCCUGGUUGUAGCUGGAUUGAGGUUAAGGAUAGGAUUCAUGUAUUCACCGCUGAUGAUGCAAAACACCCACAAAUUAAUGAAAUUCAGCAACUGCUGGAUGAGCUCAUCAAGAAGAUUGAAGUUGUGGGAUAUAAAAGGAAUGAUACUUUAGGAUCUCAGAAAGGCCACCAUAGUGAAAUGUUAGCAGUAGCUUUUGGACUGAUGAACUUGCCUGAAUGGAUGCCUGUGUAUGUUAUGAAGAAUCUUCGCAUAUGCAGCAACUGUCAUGUAGCAAUAAAACUAAUAUCACAAGUCACUGCUAAGGAUUUUGUGGUUAGGGACGCCAACCGGUUUCAUCAUUUUAAACAAGGGUGUUGCUCUUGUGGAGAUUACUGGUAAAAUAAGAUCUCUUGUAAGUUAUUUUUGUUGACUAUCUGUGGUUACUUUGCCUGGCAAGUGCAGACACUCCUCUAUGAAUCACUGUUCGUCCAUCCAAAGAACACAUUAUUGGAGCUGCAAAAGAGAUCGUUGAUAUGAUUUCCACAUCAAAUUGAGCUGAUUCCCAGCACAAGGAUUCAGUUGCUUCUCUGGUCAUCAUUAUCUCAACAGCCUCGUUCUUGCAAAAUGUCAAUGCCUUCUUCGGUUCGGCUGUCUGAAUUUCGAUUCCCU